CUCGUAUGUAGUUGUUCACUUCUGGUAAACAAAUAAAGUUUACUUACUGAAGCCUGCCUGUCAUGUCGAAGUCAAAUAAAAACAAAGCCAAUUAAUUAGGACCACUAUCGAAAAUCUAGGAGCAUUACACAGCUAUUUUAUCCCUGCUUGAUACUGCUCAACAGUACAUAUCCAUGACCUCACUACAGGGAAUUCAAUCCAGGACCUUCGGUCUCUCGGUAAAAAGUCAUCCGAUGGAAUACAUAUCUAACUUUAAUCAAUCCAUAAUGCUAAUCAACCAUAAUUCACUAUCUGCAGUUGGUACUAUCCUCAAAUCUAACGCGUUUAAGACCGGAAGUCAUAGGUUUAAUUGCUACUGAUAUCAGGGAUGCGCAUUUCUGAAGAGUCCGACACUAAAGCAAAAUUAAUAUCCAGGGGUCCUAUGUUUUCACUAGUUUUCCGAAUAGGAAGGGUGAUGCUCCAAGUAACAAACAAUCUCUACCAGGUAUUACAUAAUUUUACAUAUUAAUUCUUGAACAGAGCUGAAUGAGACGUACAAUAGAGAGCAUCUAACUCUUGAACAGACUUAUUACACAUAACCCAAGAACAACAUUUUAUAAACUUUUUUCAACAUCACCAUUGCAGUAACCUAGCAAUGGAAUUUUAAAAUAUCAUGAAACAACUUGUGAACACUUGAUUUAUACCUAAUUCCUAAAACGCCUGAAAAAAUCAACAAUGACCAAGAUAUUUCAUUAUCUUCAAAACCUAUUCAAUUCAUGAUAGCUAUAUUUGGAAUAUUUACAUUUACACUAGCUAUUAUGACAAUGCUUGUGAGACUAUUUCAUUCAGAGUCAAAUAAUUCAUCAAACACCAUGAUAUUUCAAACUGGAAUAACUUUGUUUGGUUUUCUUAUAAUUAUAUUUCUCGCUGCAAUAAUUCAAUUAAAUAAAACAUCUGAAAAGUUAGCUGAUGAAGAGAGAAGAAACGAACUGACUGAUAAAGAAGUAUUAGCUAGUCAAAAAGCAAACGAUGGAACAUUUAUAUUAUCAGUUUAA